AUGGUCUACAAGCUCGUACGAAGUCUCAUGCCACAUCCUUUAAUUUGGGAGAAUAUCUGCGAAGACGUCGCAGGACAUGAAUACCACCUCGACCGAGUCGGCACCGUCAAGACGCUCGCUGCGCAUUUCACGUCUUUUAUAGCUGCGCUUCAGCUGCCUGCUUCGUUAGAGCUACCUUUAGAAAUCACAUCCUGUAUCUGCGAGUAUUUGGGUGAGUUAACACCAUAUAGCGCUUUCGUCAUAAUAGCAGGUGAAGCAUCCCGUUUAGUUACGAAUCUGCAUUCCCCCAGCAGCCGUGAGAUAGUACUCGAACGGGGUUAUUAUCUAGCUGCGAAGACGAUCACCAUUUUCGAGAGAGAGUAUAUCCAAGAUCUAGUUUGUAGCGAGUAUUCGGAGGAAAAUUGCCAAGCUAUUGGAAUUAUUCAAGAGGUGAAAUUCGUGACGAGCCUUGGUGGUAUCUGUGCAGUGAAGCUCAUCGGUUCUGAGUGGGAAACGGAUUGGAUCGGCAAAUUUCCAAGCACAGGCUGUACCUGGCAUGGGUCAAUACGAGGAAGCGUUCGCGUUCUUCGCUUUAACUAUAAUGAUUUACAUUGUGCGAGCAACAUAUUGAGCUCAGAGCCGUAUUUAACUUGUCAAAUUAUGUGGGAUCAAUACAACUUUCCUUCAUCAUUCGUCGAUCCAGAAUCAGCUUUACUUGUCUGCCGUGGAAACCCUCGCAACCCUAGUCGGUUCGCAAAGACUCUUAGGCGACGGUUCUUCAGAUAUUUAGAUCUCUUCCAUGGGGACGAAUAUAUUAGUGGCCUUACUAUAUACACCAGUUCCAGUAGCAUGGUUGGACUAGAAGCCCAUUUCAGACAAACGACACGGCUGUUAGGAUUCCGCGUCGGCUGCCCUCAAUACUUUCCAAUGCAGGAAAAUGAGCGUGUAGCUUACAUCUGGCUACAUAUUGAUGAUGAUUAUAGUCUGGCUUACAAUCAACCGGCGCUAGAUAUUCAAACAACAUUCGGAAGAACAUACUCUUUCGGACGUUAUAUUCACCAAGUCGAGAUUUUGCAGGGUGAAUGGAAGUGGAUUCUCCUGAAGAAUAAGGGGUGCGUCUCGGGGAUCUAUUAUGAAAACUCGAGAUGGCCAAAGUCCACCAAGAAUUUAGGCAUCACUGGUGAUGGUUCUCCUGAAGGGCCUUCUCCACAGCCGCUUCAAUAUCACGCCUCGCCUUCUUACUCACAGAUUGCUGCCCCUAACCAUCUCUUCUUGUCAGUCGCAACCCUAAAUCACCUCCGCAGAGUCGACCUAUGCCGCGUCGCCAAUCGCUACACAGGCAUGUUGAUACAAUAUGUUAGCGGUACAACUGCAGUCCUUGGGCAAUGGCAUAACCCUGGUGUUUCACAACACUCUUGUAUUCAUGACAGCGACUUGCUAGGUAUCUGUAGCGUCUACUUUAGAAUGUCAAUAUCUGGGAAGAAUAGGAUAGUAACUGAUAUUGGCUUUCUAAUGAACUCUGACGAAGCGAUAUCGGAUUCUGAUAUCCAUAUCUUCAAUGUUGAAACGCACCUCGCGUGGUGGUUUUCGGAGUUCUAUGACGAGAUCGUACCUUGGACAGGAGUACUUCUUGAUAUUCCAUAA